CACAUUGUUCUUUUUAUUUUUUGUGGCCACAGUGCAUCGAAAUGUUUUAGUUCUGUUUAGCGGGCGAGAUAACACAGUGAAACAGAUAGCGACAAAGAAAAACGCACUACCGUUGGCCACCAGCAAAAUGGGCGAGUUCUUCAAGUCGCUCAACUUCAACUACUUCUCCUCCAGCGAUGGCAGUCCAUCUGCCAACGGGGCUGCUGGUGGCGGCGGCGGAGGAGCAGCAGCAGGAGCUGGUGUCCUCGGUGGCAGAUUGGACAACGACUUUGUCGGCCAAGUCGUCGAAGUGGCUGGCCACAGGCUGCGCAUCAAGUGUGUCAUCGCCGAAGGCGGAUACGCCUUUGUGUACGUCGCCCAAGAUGUGCAAACUGGCAUCGAGUACGCCCUCAAGCGUCUAAUCGGUGCCGAUCAGCAGGCCUGCAACGCCAUCAUCAACGAGAUCGGCAUCCACAAGCAGGUCUCCGGCCACGGCAACAUUGUCGCCUUCGUGGGCUCCAGCUAUGCGGCGCCAACGCCCCAGCACGGCGCUCAGUACCUGCUCCUCACGGAACUUUGCAAAGGUGGCUCCCUGGUGGACUGUUUCAGGGCCAACAAUGCUGCCAUCGAUCCGCCGUUGGUGUUGCGCAUCUUCUACCAAAUGGCUCGGGCCGUAGCCUGUCUGCAUUCACAGUCGCCGCCGAUCGCCCAUCGAGACAUAAAGAUCGAAAACUUCCUCGUUGGCAACGACAAGCAGAUCAAGUUGUGCGACUUUGGAUCCGCCAGCAAGGAGGUGCUUGCACCGACGUUCGAGUGGAGUGCCAACCAGCGCAAUAUGCUGGAGGAUCAGCUAAACACCGUCACAACACCCAUGUACCGGGCCCCCGAGAUGCUCGACACUUGGUCCAACAACCCGAUCGGGCCAAAGGCGGAUGUUUGGGCUCUUAGCUGCAUCCUGUACUUCCUGUGCUACCGCAGACAUCCGUACGAGGAUGGCGGCAAGCUGCAGAUCAUCAACGCCAACUACAUUCUUCCGCCGGACCCGCAGUAUCAGUGCUUCCGCGACGUCAUCAGGGGAUGCUUCAAGGUGAAUCCCGCCGAGCGUAUGGACAUUGUCAUGGUGCUCGAACGCCUGGCAGCCAUUGCGGAGACACAUAAUUGGUCGCUCAAAGGGCCUCUUGACCUGCACGGAGUACCCAUCGACUCGUUUUCGGCUGAGAGCCCCGCUCGCAAGAACUCCGUGCAGUCGGAGUUUUACACCGAAUCGCAUAGUACCGCCCCAAACGCAGCGCCAUCGUCGGCCAGCGUUCCAUCCUCUAGCAAUGGACACGGAAGUCUGCUGUCAUCGCUGCGUGGCGGCGCUGGUACGCUGUUCAAGAACAUUAAGGACACGUCCACCAAAGUGAUGCAGACAAUGCAGCAAUCAAUCGCCCGCACCGAUCUCGACAUCAGCCACAUCACCUCGCGCAUCCUCGUUAUGCCCUGCCCCUCCGACGGCUUUGAGUCCGCUUACAAGACCAACAACAUCGAAGAUGUGCGGCUGUCUCUGGAGAGUCGUUUCGCCCCGCAGAAGAUCAGUAUUUACAACUUUGGGCAACGCACAGUGCCCCGACUGCCGCCACCAGUGCGCACGGUUGAGGCAGGCUCCGUUUACGGGUGUCCACAGGCCCAUGCUCCCAAUCUGCAGGGCCUGUUCACCGUGUCGGCCGACAUGUACAACUUCCUCAACGCCGACCCCAAAUCGAUUGUGAUCGUACAGACUGGGGACUCUGGCGGAUGCAGUGCCGCCACCGUCAUCUGUGCACUGCUCAUGUAUGCUGAUCUGCUGCAGGAGCCGGAGGAUGCGGUGCAGGUGUUCGCCGUCAAGCGGCACACCAUCAAUCUGCGACCCUCCGAGUUCCGCUACCUGUACUACUUCGGCGACAUCCUGCGGCCCACGCCCCUGCUGCCCCACUACAAGAACACCAAUCUCGUAUCGCUCAGCUGCCAGCCAGUGCCCCGGAUGACCAAGGCUCGCGACGGCUGUCGGAUCUACAUGGAGGUGUAUUGCAACGAGACCUUGUUGCUCAGCACACUGCAGGAUUACGAGAAGAUGCGCUUGCACCUGGCUGGGCCGGGUAAAAUAGUUCUGCCCAUCAACUUGACCGUCUGCGGCGAUGUCACGGUGGUUUUGUACCACGCCCGUAAGGGAAUGGUGCGACCCCAGGGCCUGAAGAUAUGUCAAUUCCAAGUGAACACGGGCUUCAUUCCAGAGCCCGAAACGCUGAUCACGUUCACCAGUCAGGAUCUCGACGAUCUGCCCGAUCCCGAGCAGGUGACGCCGGGCUUCUGCGUCUCGCUUUCGCUGACGGUGACCGACACGGAAACGCCUCCCAGCCACAAGCCGCCAUGGCUGCCGGCCAAACCCCCGCGAUCACCAGCAGCUCUGUUUAGUUCGGAUCUGGAAUUCGCCGAGAUGUUGGAUAACUUUGUGACCAAGCCCAGCCCGCCUGCUGUCCAUAACAGUGGGAAUAGGGAUCGCUCUCCCAGCUCUCCCCUCGUUCUGCCCGAUGUCACAGAGAUCGCCCAUGAACCUGCGACGGCAGUGGCAGAGCCUUCGCCGCCCAUCGACCUGCUCAAUCUGAACCAGCAGCACAGUGAUGCCCCGACGCCCACGGAUCCUCUGGCCAGUGCCAAGCCCAGCUCGGAUGCCAGUUUCGAUCUGCUGGGCGCCUUUGGUGACGAUGAUUCCUCGGGCAUUGGCUCAGCGCCGAUUCCGGACAUACUUCCAGCAGCUCCAUUGCUGCAGCAACAGCAGCAGCCGCCGCCAAAGGUCAACGCCGAUCUGUUCGACAUCUUUGGCUCUGUGGAGCAGGCCCAGGCGCCCAGCUUGAAGCCAUCGGCUCUGCCAACCUUUGUGACCAAGCCAGCGGUGGCCAGGAAUGACCAACGAUCACCAACCCAGCCGAUCACCAAGGCUCCGGCCGAUCCUUUUGCCGACAUCGCCAAUCUGGCUUCCGGUCUUAACAUCAACUUUAACCGGAGCACACUGAGUGGCAAGUCCCCCGUUGGCAGUAGUCCCCAGCCGACGCAGUACUCCAGUCCCACCCACAGGCCAUCACCAUCCUCGCAGCCUCAGGCGAGUUUUAUACCGCCGCAGCCGCAGCCAAUGACAACCUCUGCCAGGGCAGCUCCGCAGCCUCAGUCGACUCCGGCUCAAUCGCGACCUGACUACAGUCGAGCCCACUUCGAUGCGCCGAAGGCAGCACAGCAAGCUGGCGCUGGUGGCGGCACCAAGGGAUCCGAUAUAUUCGCGGACAUUCUGGGCCAGCAGGGUUACUCCUUUGGCAGCAAAAUGAAUCAGGGACCGCGGUCCAUCAAUGAAAUGCGCAAGGAGGAUUUGGUCAAGGACAUGGACCCCAAGAAAGUGCGCAUUAUGGAAUGGACCGACGGCAAGAAGAACAACAUCCGUGCGCUGCUCUGCUCCAUGCACACGGUGUUGUGGGACAAUGCCAAGUGGCAGCGUUGCGAGAUGUCCACCAUGGUGACUCCGGUUGAGGUGAAGAAGGCGUACCGGCGUGCCUGCCUAGCCGUGCAUCCUGACAAGCAUAAUGGAACCGAGAACGAGGAGAUUGCCAAGCUCAUUUUUAUGGAACUGAACAAUGCAUGGACAGAUUUCGAAAACGAUGCCACGCAGCAAAAUAUGUUCAAUGCGUAAAACGCGUCCUAUAGCUAUUAUGUCCCAUAUGUUUAUCGCAAUUAGUUGUAAUUAUCGUACUCUUAGCGGAAUCUAGUGUAAAUUCGUGUAAAAGUCUAAGCUUUAAUGUGUAAAGUGAAAGAGUUGGCCAAUGCCAUCAGCCCUUUGAAAUUCGGAACACACACCCGUGGACAUUUUACUUAAUUUCGUAUAACAAGAAAGCCAUUCCAACACUCCUAUUGCAUCCCAAAGCAGUCCGCCCGGAACACGAAAAAGUGUUUGAAGGUAUCUGCCAAUCAUCCACUAAAAUGAAGCGGAGAUUGCGAUUGCACGCCUUAUCCAUCCAUCAUCCACCACAUGAAUCAAAGUUUCGUAUAUGAAAUACUAUACUAUACUAUAUACUAUAGCUGCAAUUAGAUUAAUUACGACAUGUCCUUGACCCGUUUGUUUAUAGCCAAUAUGUGAUUAAACUAUAAUUGAUUGAACUUCAUAGUUUAUGUACAUAACUGUUCCGAGAGUAUAAAGUAUAAAAGCGAGUAGGACAAAGUUAGUUUUACCUUCUAGCAGCCCUAGUGUACAUAACAGAGUAUAUUGGAGGUUAUAUUUAAACGCAAAAUUCCGGUUCAGCAUUUAACGUUUGUCGCUAUAAAAAAAAAAAUAAUAAAUUCUCUAUAUACGUUUCCUUGUGAAAUGCCACUGUUAAA